AUGUGUCUCGAGGAUUGUAUUCAAAAGCUGUCUUCCGACUUAUUUUCAGGUGAGUCUUCAGGGUGGUGUUCAUAUUUGGAUAUAGAUGAUUCAAAGCUGUUUUCAGCUGCGUCUUCAGAUGCGUCUUCAGAUCCGUCUUCAGCUGCGUCUUCAGCUGCGUCUUCAGGAUUGUAUUCAAAUGGUACUAAUAUGUCUUCAGAUCUGUCUUCAGCUGCGUCUCCAGAUGGUACAAAUAUGUCUCCAGAUGGUACAAAUAUGUCUUCAGAUGUGUCUGAUGUGUGUUCAGAUGCAGCGGAUCCAUCAACAGUUUUUGUUGGAUCUUCGUGCUUUUUGGAAUUUCCUUCACCAGAUUUUUUAGGAAUGUCACUCAUUGUUCGUUAUAUGAUCACUUGUUUGGGGGUUUUCUGUAGUAAAAGGCCAGCAAAGAAGAUGAAAACAAUUCCUAAACAAAAGUCCAAUGGAUAA